GAUAAUAUUAUUGAUCAGAUUGUGAUGGAUGGCCUUAGAGGAGAUAUAAGUGAAGUUCUCGGUCCAGCUGAGGGACAGUCUUAACCUGAAGGUCUGGGCAUAGCGACAUCAUGCUUUCUGUAGCUCUGUUUUACCUCUUAGCUGUCUUUUGUUCUGCAACAUGGACACAAGCUCUGCCUUUAUACCCUGAAGCCAACAUGGAGCCACAAGCAGAUUUCAUUCAUAAGUUGGUGUCAGAAGUGGAAGAUGGACCCAACACUGCUGAGGGGGAACACAGAGAGGUGAAUAAUCUGUAUCCUCUACUGAUGCAGCAGAACGACGGGAGAGUGUCCUGGAACAGAGGCGUAAAAGACUCACCACCACAGGAAAAGUUUGCAACAAUGGUGGAGGACCUAAAGGACGUGGUCCUAAAGCUGGCGGCAGCAGACAAGCUUCGCUCUCAGACUUUCCUCAGAUCAGAGCAGAGUCUGCCAAAAACUAACAAGAGAGGUGAGAUUCAUCUAAUCUUUCAUUUAGAAGAAGAUGAGACUUCACCUCAAAUCAUUAUGACUUAUUUAAGAGGAUUUUUUUUACAUACAAACAGGUCAGCAAAUCUGUGCCUAAAAUGAGUUUUAAAUGUUUUCAUUAUUCAAAUUCCAAAACCUUUUUAUUGUCUUGUGACGUAUGAGCAGCAACAUUAGUUUUGAUUUAUUAUUAAGAAUUUAUAGUUUUUUUUAACAGAAAUAAAACUUUAAUAAUAUAAAUAUUACAUUAAAUGUUGGCACUACCAAUUAUUUAUCUUAUUAUGGUGUCAUAAUAUAUAUAUUUACGUUGUAUUUGUUUCUAAUAAAGUGUGACAUAUUUAUAUCUGUUGAAGGAAUGUUUCAGAUGUAAUUGUAAAUAAUAAAAAAUACCAGUUGCAAAAAAUUGACACUUAAGAACAUUAAUAAGAAGGAAAUAUGUAAUGAUAAACUCCUGUUACUAUAAUGUAGAAAAACUUAAUUAGGAUCAUGAUUUCUUGAGAGACUGCUCCGUGAGCACAGAUUUGAGUUUUCCAUAAAACUUUUGGAUUUUAGGACGUCUGAGUGGAUCAAAACGUAUUCAUGAUAGAAAUAGAUGCUGGACACUGAAGGAAAACCCAAGUUGUGUCUGAUUUCUGCCUCGGAUGUUUGUCUUUGCAGCGUGUUUCUGGAAAUACUGUGUGACCAAUUAGAGGACAGCAGUGUGUCCCUGCUGCAAACAUCUUCCUCGUCCAUCUUGGUUUUUCUUUUCUCAUCAUCAAAUGGUAUAAAUAUACACCUAUACAUAUAUUUUUGAAGCUGCGAAUUGGUCUUGUUUUGUGACUGAAAAUAAACUUAAAUAUCACAAAUGCCA